CCUGCCGGGCGGCGAGACGGCACCUGAGCAACUGCGGCGGCGGCGGCGGCGCCUCUGAGCGGGCGGCCGGGGCUGUAGUGCCGGUGCCGCCGCGUCUUCCCGGUCUCUUUCCCCGGCUGCUUAGGAUAAGGAUAUCUGCUGGUUUCCUUUUAGUCAUUUUUUCGCAGUACUAUGCGUUGAGCACUGUGUUGGGUUUAUAAACAGUAGGAGGAGAGGAGACUGCAGUCAGUAGGAGAGCCACUCAUUUGGCAUGUUAAAGGUUCAGCAGUAUAAAGUCAACCUUGUAUAAGAAGUUUUAUAGGAUCACAUUAACACAAGCACCAUGGAGUUUUAUGAAUCAACAUAUUUUAUUGUCCUUAUUCCUUCAGUAGUUAUUACAGUAAUUUUCCUCUUCUUCUGGCUUUUCAUGAAAGAAACAUUGUAUGAUGAAGUUCUUGCAAAGCAGAAAAGAGAACAAAAGCUUAUUCCUACCAAAACAGAUAAAAAGAAGGCAGAGAAGAAAAAGAAUAAGAAGAAAGAAAUCCAGAAUGGGAACCUCCAUGAAUCUGACUCUGAGAGUGUUCCCCGGGACUUUACGUUAUCUGACGCCUUGGCUGUAGAAGAGGAGCAAGUUGUACCUGUUCCACUGAGUGCAGUUGAAACGUCAGGCAGUGUCAGAGAAAGAAAGAAGAAGGAAAAGAAACACAAGCCUGUACUAGAAGAACAGGUCACCAAAGAAAGUGAUGUGUCAAAGAUUCCAGGCAAAAAAGUAGAACCUGUCCCAGUUACUAAGCAGCCCACCCCCCCUUCUGAAGCAGCUGCCUCAAAGAAGAAACCAGGACAGAAGAAGUCUAAAAAUGGAAGCGAUGAUCAGGAUAAAAAGGUGGAAACUCUUAUGGCACCUUCAAAAAAGCAAGAAUCAUUACCCAUCCAUCAAGAGACUAAACAAGAAAGUGGAUCAGGAAAGAAGAAAGUUUCUUCAAGGAAGCAAAAGACAGAAAACGUCUUAGUAGAUGAACCCCUUAUUCAUGCAACUGCUUAUAUGCCUUUGAUGGAUAAUGCUGAUCCAAAUCCUGUGCUGGAGAAGAGAGAUGUUAUUGAUCUAAUUAAACCUGACCAAGUAGAAGGAAUCCUGAAAAUGGGGGCUAAAAAAUUGAAGACUGAAACUGACAAAGAAAAUGCUGAAGUGAAAUUUAAAGAUUUUCUUCUGUCCUUAAAGACUAUGAUAUUUUCUGAAGAUGAGGCCCUUUGUGUUGUAGACUUGCUAAAAGAGAAGUCUGGUGUGAUACAGGAUGCUUUAAAGAAGGAAAUGAUGUCAGAGAAAGAAAGAAGCAAUGUGGUUAUAGCAAGGAUGAAAGAUCGGAUUGGAACAUUAGAAAAGGAACAUAAUGUAUUUCAAAACAAAAUGCAUGUCAGUUAUCAAGAGACUCAGCAGAUGCAGAUGAAGUUCCAGCAGGUUCGUGAGCAGAUGGAGGCAGAGAUAGCUCACUUGAAGCAGGAAAAUGGCAUACUGAGAGAUGCUGUCAGCAACACUACAAAUCAGCUAGAAAGCAAGCAGUCUGCUGAAUUAAAUAAACUACGCCAGGAUUAUGCUAGGUUGGUGAAUGAGCUAACUGAGAAAACGGGAAAGCUACAGCAAGAGGAAGUCCAAAAGAAGAAUGCUGAGCAAGCAGUUACUCAGUUGAAGGUUCAACUACAAGAAGCUGAGAGAAGGUGGGAAGAAGUCCAGAGUUAUAUCAGGAAGCGAGCAGCAGAGCAUGAGGCAGCACAGCAAGAUUUACAGAGUAAAUUUGUGGCCAAAGACAAUGAGGUACAGAGUCUGCAUAGUAAGCUUACAGAUACUUUGGUAUCAAAACAACAGUUGGAGCAAAGACUAAUGCAGUUAAUGGAAUCGGAGCAAAAAAGGGUGACCAAAGAAGAGUCUUUACAGAUGCAAGUUCAGGAUAUUUUGGAGCAGAAUGAGGCUUUGAAAGCUCAAAUUCAGCAAUUCCAUUCCCAGAUAGCAGCCCAGACCUCCGCUUCAGUUCUGGCAGAGGAAUUACAUAAAGUGAUUGCUGAAAAGGAUAAGCAGAUAAAACAGACUGAAGAUUCUUUAGCAAAUGAACAUGAUCACUUAACAAGUAAAGAGGAGGAACUUAAGGAUACACAGAAUAUGAAUUUCUUAUUAAAAGCUGAAGUGCAAAAGUUACAGGCACUGGCAAAUGAACAGGCUGCUGCAGUACAUGAACUGGAGAAGAUGCAGAAAAGUAUUCAUGUUAAGGAUGAUCAAAUAAGAUUGCUUGAAGAACAGCUGCAGUGUGAAAUUUCAAACAAAAUGGAAGAAUUUAAGAUUCUAAAUGACCAAAACAAAGCAUUACAGUUAGAAGUUCAGAAGCUACAGACUCUUGUUUCUGAACAGCCUAAUAAAGAUGUUGUGGAACAAAUGGAAAAAUGCAUUCAAGAAAAAGAUGAGAAGUUGAAGACGGUGGAAGAAUUACUUGAAACUGGACUUAUUCAGGUGGCCACAAAAGAGGAAGAACUGAAUGCAAUAAGAACAGAAAAUUCAUCUCUGGCGAAAGAAGUUCAAGACUUAAAGGCUAAACAGAAUGAUCAGGUUUCUUUUGCAUCUCUAGUUGAAGAACUUAAGAAAGUGAUCCAUGAAAAGGAUGGGAAGAUCAAGUCUGUGGAAGAGCUUCUGGAAGCGGAAAUUCUCAAAGUUGCUAAUAAGGAGAAAACUAUUCAGGAUUUGAAACAGGAAAUAGAGGCUCUAAAAGAAGAAAUAGGAAAUACCCAGCUUGAAAAGGCUCAACAGUUAUCUAUCACUUCUCAAAUUCAGGAGUUUCAGAACUUAUUAAAAGGAAAGGAGGAACAGAUGAAUGCCAUGAAGAUUGUUUUAGAAGAGCAAGAGAAAGACCUAGCCAAUAGAGCAAAAUGGUUACAGGAUCUUCAAGAAGAAAAUGAAUCUUUAAAAGCUCAUGUUCAGGAGAUGGCACAACAUAACUUGAAAGAGGCAUGUUCUGCAUCACGAUUUGAAGAACUUGAGACUGUGUUGAAAGAAAAGGAAAAUGAAAUGAAGAGAAUAGAAACUAUACUAAAAGAGAGGGAGAGUGAUCUUUCUAGCAAAACAAAGCUGUUACAGGAAGUACAGGAUGAAAACAGAUUGUACAAAUCUGAAAUCGAGUACCUUAAGCAACAGAACUACCAACAGGCAUCAUCUUUUCCCCCACAUGAAGAACUAUUAAAAGUAAUUUCAGAAAGAGAGAAAGAAAUAACUGGUCUUCAGAAUGAGUUAGAUUCUUUGAAGGAGGCUGUUGAACACCAAAGGAAGAAAAACAAUGACCUUCGGGAGAAAAACUGGGAAGCAAUGGAAGCAUUGGCAUCAACUGAAAAAAUGCUGCAGGACAAAGUGAACAAGACUUCCAAGGAAAGACAACAACAUGUGGAAGCUGUUGAAUUAGAAGCUAAAGAAGUUCUCAAAAAAUUAUUUCCAAAGGUGUCUGUUCCUCCUAAUUUGAGUUAUAGUGAAUGGCUGCAUGGAUUUGAAAAGAAGGCAAAAGAAAGUGUUGCUGAAACUUCAAGUUCAGAGGAGGUUAAGGUUCUAGAGCACAAGUUGAAAGAAGCUGAUGAAAUGCAUACAUUGUUACAGCUCGAGUGUGAAAAAUAUAAAUCCGUCCUUGCAGAAACAGAAGGAAUUUUACAGAAGCUACAGAGAAGUGUGGAGCAAGAAGAAAAUAAAUGGAAAAUUAAGGUCGAUGAAUCACAGAAGACUAUUAAACAGAUGCAGUUGUCAUUCACAUCUUCAGAACAAGAGCUAGAGCGAUUAAGAAGAGAAAAUAAAGAUAUUGAAAAUCUGAGAAGAGAGCGAGAGCAUUUGGAAAUGGAACUAGAGAAGGCCGAACUUGAGCGAUCUACCUACGUUACAGAAGUUAGAGAGCUGAAAGAUCUGUUGACUGAAUUGCAGAAAAAACUUGAUGAUUCAUAUUCUGAAGCAGUAAGACAGAAUGAAGAGCUUAAUUUGUUAAAGGCACAGUUAAAUGAAACACUCACAAAGCUUAGAACUGAACAAAGUGAAAGACAGAAAGUAGCUGGUGACUUGCAUAAGGCUCAACAAUCAUUGGAUCUUAUCCAGUCAAAAAUAGUAAAAGCUGCUGGAGACACUACUGUUAUUGAGAAUAGUGAUGUUUCCCCAGAAACGGAGUCUUCUGAGAAGGAGACAAUGUCUGUAAGUCUAAAUCAGACUGUAACACAGUUACAGCAGCUGCUUCAGGCAGUAAACCAACAGCUCACAAAGGAGAAGGAACACUACUAGGCAUUAGAUUGAAGUAACUGGGAAGCUGUUUAUUCAAGGAUAACAGAAGGCAUUGUAUUAUAUUUUGCCAAAUUAAAGCCUUAUUUAUGUUUUCACCCUUUCUACUUUGUCAGAAACACUGAACAGAGUUUUGUCUUUUCUAAUCCUUGUUAGACUACUGAUUUAAAGAGAGAAAAAAAAGCCAACUCUGUAGACACCUUCAGAGUUUAGUUUUAUAAUAAAAACUGUUUGAAUAAUUAGACCUUUACAUUCCUGAAGAUAAAAUAAACAUGUAAUCUUUUAUCUUAUUUUGCUCAAUAAAAUUGUUCAGAAGAUCAAAAGUGGUAAAGACAAUAUAAAAUUUAACAUUUUAAUACUGAUGUUGUACACUGUUUUACUUAAUAUUUUGGGGAGUAACUGCCUCUGACUUCAAGAAAACACUUUUUUGUUGCUAAUGUAAUCCGUUUUUUGUAAUGGCGUCAGCAAAUAAAGGGAUGCUUAUUAUUCAAA